CGCCUCCAAGAAUCCAAGACAGCCGACGACGCACUAAACGCUCUUCUUCAAGAUGAUACGAGGGGAACCCUCUGCGCCUUCAACAAUAUCAAGAGAGGGCUCGAAUGGCACUUCCGAGAGCCGAGUUAUCCCCAAUACACCACCCCCGCCGGGCUCCGAUAUGAGUUUGACGCCUACCCGGAAAUAUAUGCCUGGCAGCAACGUCACUUCUGCGAGCACCCCCCGCCCCCGGUCGACACCAACCCGGACGUUAACGCGGGAACAGCUUCGUCAGAGAGCCUCUCUAUCCACUCAGGAGAUAGUGGAAGCGUGGAAUGGCCGUCUUCGGUCACGGAGGGGACCUCCAUCGAUUGCCUCUUCGGAGAUGACUGGUCUGUCUCAAGGUACAGCCCUCUUCCCCCCCCCUUCGGGGUUAAACUAAAGGACGGACAGCAUCGCGUUAGAAGCCUGGUCAUCAUCGGACCCAGCAAGUUGGGAAAAAGCCUGGUGGCCAGAUCAUUUGGAACGCACAACUACUUUCAGGGAGAAUGGAACAUUGAGCAGUUCAACCCCGAUGCUACAUACAACGUGUUCGACGACAUCGAAAAGGGACUGGAUGGGUUCAAUUUCCGAGCCUUCCUUGGAUGCCAGUCAGACGUAAACGUAGCAGACAAAUACCACAAAAAAACGCAGAUCAAAAACGGCAAGCCUUGCAUCUACCUGCACAACAUCGACCCUCUCGAGACCAAAACUGGGCAGAAGUUCGCCGAGUGGCUCACCGCAAAUUGCACGUUCGUCUACGUAUCUUCGCCAAUCUGCAACUUUGCGAGACUCGCUCUGGAACAAGACAUUGCCAAUCUCCUGCAUGUGGUACCCCUAGCUCCGUUUCCGGGUGCCCCUAGCUCCAAAUGUGGAGCCUCUGGUUCCGUGCUACAACCAAUCGCCAACAUACACGUCGUCACGCGGCGCUUCAGGCCCGGCCCCAUGCAUAAAGGAGCCUCUGGAGCCCCUGACAAUCUCUUCCUCGGUGAAGAUUUCAGCAUGGACGUGGAUUCGUCCCACACCUUUGACCGAUCGGAGAGGGAUGUUAAUACUCCAACCGCAUCCGAAGCGUCUCGGGAUGUCGCACCCUUUGGGAACCAAAAAUUCGUCGACACAAAGCGAAACAGCCAAUAUGUACUUCGCGCAAAAUACAUCCUCCUCACGUACUCACAAGUCGACGAGGAUGUGUUCCACCCACAAGCAAUCGUUAACUUGAUUAACAAUUGGGGCGGAAAAUGCCGUAUUGGCCGUGAGUUCCACCAGGAUGGCGGCAUUCAUUACCAUGCGUUUUGUAUGAAAGACGCCCGUUUCAUAACCCGCGACAAACGCAAAUUCGACAUCGCUGGUUUUCACCCCAACAUCACCCCCGUCAUGCGUACGCCCCACAGAGCAUGGGCCUAUGCUAUCAAGGACGGUAAUGUGAUACACGACGACAUCCCAGACGCCCCGGUCGGAAGGAGCGGAAAGGCCAAGAAACCCAGAAACGAAGUAUGGACUCUCCGCCUCCAAGAAUCCAAGACAGCCGACGACGCACUAAACGCUCUUCUUCAAGAUGAUACGAGGGGAACCCU